AUCUUUCAGUGUUGCCAAAAUAAGAUUUGUUUUUCUUUCCUUGUCAAGAGCUGUCAAAAAGCUUCAAAAUGGUACAGCGGCUUACGUUCCGACGACGUUUGUCGUACAAUACAAAGUCAAACCAGAGGAGAAUAGUAAGGACCCCUGGUGGCCGUCUAGUGUACCAGUACGUUAAGAAGCCCAAGAAGAUCCCGAGAUGUGGCCAGUGCAAGAGCAAACUGCGCGGUAUCCAGCCGGCCAGGCCCGCUGAGAGGUCUCGCCUCUGCUACCGCAAGAAGACCGUCAAGCGCGUCUAUGGAGGAGUCCUUUGCCACAAGUGCGUCAAGCAGCGCAUUGUCAGAGCCUUCCUGAUUGAGGAACAGAAGAUCGUCAAGGUCCUCAAGGCCCAGCAGGCGACCGCCAAGAGCGGCGGCGGCAGCGGCAAGAAGCCCACGAAAUGAAGGACUUGUUAGGUAUAAAUAAAAAGUGAAAAAAUCA